GUUGACACAUGUGUUCUGGACUUCUGGUGUUUCUGGCUGCUGUUCUCCGUCUUACAUCCAACUUGUCGGUGUGUUUUGUUGUAAACUGACCAUGUGAGCCCCUUACUACCCUGUGAUUAUACUGACGGGACUUAGAUUCUAGUGCAUUCAUCUCCUGGUGGACCAACCAAUAAUGUCAGAGGCGACGUUUCCUGAAUUCCACUUCCCAUGUCAAUCGUUCCCUAACAAGGAGAGAGUCAAACUCCCCGCUGGGUACGGCUGCUUCAACGCAACGAACAUUGAUCUCACUGACAAGGGGAGAACAAGACAACGUUUUACAUUCCAGUAUCACCAUGGUGACGUGAAAGAGAGGGGAAGUCUAGUGGCGAAAGAGCCAACACUUCCACUGUUCAUGCCGAAUGAUUGUAGCAGUAUACCUCUUCAGACCUUACAAGAUCUCGGAAGAGUAAAAGUCAUUGAUAAGUUCAAUGUGAUUGAAGACAGGGCAGUUGAACAGGUGACCUACUUCUAUCGGAAGUUUCCGAAACUUGCUUGGGGAUCAGCACUUGAAUUUCUUGGAGAUUCUUAUCAAGAUAGGUUCGAUUACAAGCACACAAGAACAGAAAAGUUUCGGAGACGUCAGAAAGCUGCCCCAGUUUUAAGUUUGAGUAAAAUGAAAAGCGAAGCCAACUUGCCGAAACUAUUGGACCGACUGGAUUCUAGCAUUUAUGACGUCAAUCCAAAUAUGCUACUGGCUCUACUCAAGGAAGAGUUCCAGGACAACAUGGAGAAACAGUACAUUGAUCAAGAUUUUUACGGAGGGUGUCUAGCCUACCAAAACCUUCCCCCUUCUUCGGGUCAUGAGGGAUUAUUGCUCUACCCAAGUGGGCCAACGCUAGAAGUUCUAAAUAUUCAAGCUCUGCCUCUUCAGAGGUUGCCAAUCUACUCCACACUGGAGUUUCCAAAGUCAAGUUUUGCGGUCUCUGCGCCGCUCAGACAGAUUGAGGCAGUUGGCUUUCCAUACAGAGAGAGCAUCAUGGCUGGCAUCCGAACUAACUACACAUGCUGUAUGCUGAAUUUAACACCAGCAGAGUACAAAGUGAAAGCAGAAGUGGCAAACCUAAUUCAUUCCCAGCAGAAGAUUGCAUCCGUUGCCCUCAGUCCUUACAUAUUUGGUGAGUGCGUAAUGGGAUUAGAUACUGGUGGAGUUCAACUAGCUCAUCCAGAAAGAGGGCCGGUUAUCUGCAUCAAGAGCGCCCCAUCAUUAGAGUCGGAGAGUCCAUCUCCAUGCCGAUGUCACUAUGGCGCCCAUCCGAGACUUUUUGUCUCUCAGCAGAGAAAAUCCAUUGACCUGCUGGACAUUAGGACACCAGUUGGACAAGAUUCUUGCCUCCUGUCCCUCGAAUCCAAGACUCUGCCCAAGAAUCAGGUUGCGUUUGUUGCUAAGCAACACCCUAGCAACCAAUCCUACCAUUUUGUUGCAACUCAAGACCUUAUGCUGCUCUUGGACGAAAGAUUUCCAAAUUAUGCGGUUUUGCAGUGGUGCCAUUCUUUGCAGACCCCUCCGAACUACAUGGAUAUUGUUCCCCAUGCUGUGACAUCGGACACCCAGACCCCACCCUUGAGAUCGGAUGUACAGGCUGAUGAUCUGAUUCUAGUGGCCAGUCAGGGGUCAAGAGAAGUCCAUUGUUUUCAAUGUAAUGAUCUGAACGGACAAACACCAGAAUCAACGUCCCUCCCUUGGAAGGUGUCUUCAACAGAAGGAUGGUUGGAAAUGCUACCUGAGUACCCCGAACAGAACCUUGAUCCUAUAAGGACACGUCUACAAAGAUCUCUAAUUGGUGUUAGCGCUGCUAAGACGAAGCCAUGGGAGAAGGGUAGACCAGGGGUAACCAUGUUCCAGUUGACUGCAGCCGGUGACAUUUUCUACCAGACCUUCUCCCAGAAAGAUAGAAGCAAUGAUCGAAAAGACAAGACGGUAUCCGUUGGGCCUGGCUGUCCAACAGUUGAACUCACUAAGGACUCAUGGAUGAAUUGUAAAGAGUGGAUAGCGAGUGUGCUACAUCAGCAAAAGAGCAAGGCUAAGAAAAGCCAGACAUCUAUUGGCUUUGAGGCAGCUGAUGUCAAAACUACCAUUGAUGUCUUUAACUCCAUGACCCGUCCUGCACAACCAGACAAGGCUUGUCAGAUCUGCUUACCCAAAGACUUUCAGAUCAGUCGAGACUCCAACCUGAUAUGUCCAUCUUGUGGCAUCAAGACGUUUGAUGCUAGCCAGCUGAAGGAGCAUCUUGAAGAUGUGCGUAGGGAUUCAUGGCAUGCCCAACAAUCUAAUCUACAAAAGGUAUCAAAACCCUUCAAACGGAGAAGAGGUUUGUUUGACGACGACGGCCAAGAGGAAGACGGGUUACCAUUGAGGAUUUAUCCAAGGGAGUACCAUGAUGAUAUGAGUCGGCUACUGUACAAGACAUGGAUGCACGGGUACCAGGAUGGCACUGAGGAGGAGUUCAACGAUGGCGUGGAGUAUUCACAAAGUCAGAUGGACAGCACCCCUUUCAACACCCCAUGGAGACGACGAGGGCGUGAAACGCCCCAACCACUCACCUCAUCCCAAAUAUCAACCAACUACCAAGAUGAAUCUCUGGAUAUGGGGGGUCUGAGUCAGACCCUGGACAUGUCUGGUAUACAGAGGGCGCCAGACUCGCAGAGAACUCCAAGCUAUAGAUUAUCAUCAACCGUCCGAAAGAAAAAGGUCAUAAGGACGAUGAUGGGCUUCUAAUGAGGAAAGAAAACAUUUAAUAUUUCGAAACAAAAUUAUGAAUUUGUAUUUAUUUUUAUACAUGCAUUUUACCAGAUCAUUUAUGAAGGUUUUGGUGCAAUGUGAUUUAUGAAGUGUUGAGGCAAUGUGUAACAUUAAUGCAUAAGACAUAAUGCAUUUUUUUUUUUUUAAGUGUCUGUAUAAAAAUUUGGGAAGAUGAAAGUAUGUUGUCACACAUUUGCGCAAAACUUUCAUGGUAUGGAAGAUGGUCAUUGUGGAUGACCUCUAUUUUUUGCCAGAAAUGUUACAUUUAUUAAGAAACUUUUGAUCUCCUAACUCCGAAAUCCAAUUUGUGAAAUGAAAACUGGUGUGUUCUUCACUAUUUCUUGGGACUCUGAUGAUCAAUUGAACUUAAACUUUCACAGGUUUGUAAUUUCUUGUAUGUUUGGUUCCUGUCAGGCCUUUUUGUCUGAUUACAAAUACUUUUUGCCCUUGGAAAUUGUUUUGAUUAAAGCUGAUACCAUUAUGGUACAU